AUGUUGACCAAGGGAUGGACCAUGUUCUGUGAUCUUCACGUUGGUGCCUUGCCUGAUCCGGAGGACUUCCAUGGUCUCUUCAUGGAAACCAACAUGGAUACCUUCAAAUGCAGCAUCAAUAUCAACCACCCUGUUCCCGAACCUGGUUUGGACUUCACCAUUCUUCACACUUGGCUACUUGUGGGAUGUUUCAUUACUCUGCUGUGCUUCUCUUGGCUCUACUCUCCUGAUCAGCCCAGCACUGAUCCAAUUGAUGCACCUCCCCCUGAACCUCAGUCCCGCUGGAUGCGCCAUCGCCAUGCCCAAGCCUACCGCCGUUGGAAGCGUCGUGCGAAUCGAUCCAAGGGAGCAAGUAUCCGCGAUUAUGGUUGCAAUCGGAAAUACCCCCUCCAUCUUCGAUCAUCCGGAACUUACUACAAGGAAGCACCCCCCCUCUCCACUCAACGCAUUCUCGGUGGUUUGCGCCGUUGGUUUCACAAGUCUCAACAUCGUCCCUCUGGUCAUCGUCUUCGUCAAGCGUUUGUUCCGCCCCUGUGCGUCCCAGGAGGGAGGAGUGGCAUCAGAAGAAACCAGGAGAUCACGCUGCGACAGCCAAGCACAGACCCAGCAACCAUCAGAAUGCGGCCCAUGUUGAGUUCUGUGAAAACAUGUAUGAGUAAGGCAAAUUCUCGUCUCAGGCGUGCUAACAACGAACCUUUUGCAGCGCCACAGCAACCAAGACAAUCCGGACAGAGCCUCGACAACCAAGGAACUCGAGAAGGAGAGAACAGAUGA